CCUCGCACCCGAGCAACCACGAGCUUUUAGGGCCGAAAAUUCGUGAAAGGGUAAAAGCGACUUCAGCUCCGAGCUCCCCCGUGACUGAUGAGAGCUUGGAUUGAAUUACACCAACGCACUCAAGGCAAAAAUGUCUGAAAUUGGGCUGUCGAGCCGAGCCAGUCGGUGUGGCUUUCCAGCUUUCCCUGCUAAUUUCGCGAGCCCCCGAUGCCCAAAUGGGAUGUUCUCCUACUCGUGCAGCUCAGGGGGCUCCUGCAGAGAUCUCCCCGGCUCAGGAAACCCAGCUGGUUCCCCCAGCUGUGCAGAUGCUGCUUCUCCCCAGCUACCUGCAGGGCUGCAGAGGCUUCCCGCUGCUCGGGGAGAAGGGCCGGGCAAGUUUGGCACAAUGUAGGCGCAGGGGGAGCGAAGGCAGCGGGUUUUGUUCCCCGUGUCAUGCCUUUCUCCUUUAAAAGAAAGCUUCGCUGGGAAAGAGGGGAUGCUAAUGAAAGGAAGCCAGAGAAAGCAGCUCCUCUCCCCUCUGUCCUCCCCACCACCGGCCCUACAAGACAAAGGUGCUGCAGGAGAGGUCCGGGACAAGGCUCUUCCGAUGCGGCUACCUGCUGGUUUUGCUGCUGCAGCAAUAGGUUGAUGUCGCCAUGCAGCACUAUGGAGUGAAUGGUUACUCCCUGCACGCCAUGAACUCGCUGAGCGCCAUGUACAACCUCCACCAGCAGGCAGCCCAGCAAGCCCAGCACGCCCCCGACUACCGGCCCUCCGUGCACGCCCUCACCCUGGCAGAGAGACUGGCUGACAUCAUUUUGGAGGCACGUUAUGGAUCCCAGCACCGCAAACAAAGGCGAAGUCGCACAGCCUUCACUGCGCAGCAACUGGAGGCACUGGAAAAGACCUUCCAGAAGACUCACUAUCCAGAUGUAGUGAUGAGAGAGCGGCUGGCUAUGUGCACAAAUCUACCUGAAGCCAGAGUCCAGGUUUGGUUCAAGAACCGGAGGGCCAAAUUCCGGAAGAAGCAGCGUAGCCUGCAGAAGGAGCAGCUGCAGAAGCAGAAGGACUGUGAAGGGAGCCACAACGAGGGGAAGACAGAGCCACCCGUGCUGGAGACCCAGGCCACAACGCCAGACACUGAGAAGACCCAGAGCCUCCCAAGCGAGGUAAGCACGGACCUCAACCUCACCCUGUCGGAGCAGUCGGCCAGCGAGUCAGCACCCGAGGACCAGACCGACAGAGAGGAGGAGUUUAAGAGCACUUUGGAUGAGGCUAAAGUGGACAAGAGCCCUGGUGUGGACGGCAAGGCUUUGAACUGCAAGAGAGCAAGCCCGAAAGCAGAGUCUCCCAUCAGCGCGACGGUGACGCCUUCAUCCAGCAGUGGCCUGGCUCAGACUCACUCCUACUCCUCCUCGCCCCUGAGCCUCUUCCGCCUGCAGGAGCAAUUCCGCCAGCACAUGGCAGCCACCAACAACUUGGUCCAUUACUCCUCCUUCGAAAUGGGGACACCAUCUGCCAUGCCCUACUUGGGCAUGAACGUCAACAUGGCUCCUCUGAGCUCCCUGCACUGUCAGUCGUACUACCAGUCACUCUCCCACGCUCAGCAGGUCUGGUCCUCGCCCAUCCUGCAGGCCUCCAGCUCCCUCCCAAGCCUGAACAGUAAAACGACGAGCAUUGAGAACCUACGGCUCCGGGCAAAGCAGCACGCGGCGUCCCUUGGGCUUGACACCCUCCCCAACUGAGCCACCAUCGCCCGCGAGAUGACACACCAGAGGCUGGCACUAAAAGUGUCACUCCUUGACCCCCUGCCCACCCUCAUCUCCUCCCGGAGUAAGGUGCUCCCUUUCAGGGAAAACUUUGCAUUUGCUAACGUCUUACUAGCACCGUGAUUGCGUCAGACAUUGCUACCGGCCUGGUCUUUGCUAAAUAUUUAACGAGGAAGGGGGAGAGGAGGUGUUUAGGCAGAUGAACUGUCCCUCUGGACUGCCGUGAGUUAAGCCUGUCACGUUCAGAAAAAGCCCCCCCUCCUCAUCCCUGCGAUAAUGUGCCAACUGUGUUAUAUACACCCUUUUUUUGUUGUUGUUCUUGAGUUCUUUGGGAAAACAAAGAGUCAUGCUUUGUCUUGUACAUAGUUUAUGAUGUUGAAAGCACCCAUCACCCGUGUGUUACUGUCAGUGUUACAGAACUGUGACCUCUUUUGUUUUUAUUCCCCUUUUUUUCUCAGUUUUAGUAGCUAGUAUCAGAGUUACAAAUCAGCCAUCCUCCCGACCUCAGGUCGCAGCUAGUUGCUCUUCUUGGGUCAGUGUCCUAAAGAAAAGAUUUGCAAAAGAAAAAUGAUUUUACAUUUCACCACUCCACUUCUCUCUUCUCUGCUAAAGCCAAUUCUGUAACGGCCAGGAAAUGAUGCAAAGGUGAAUUUCCUGCUUAAGCACUUCUGAAAAGGCAAGCGUUUUUCCUUUAAUUUUUAAUGGCACUUGUUCAAAGACAGAGGACAAAAUGCUGCUGGCUAGGGAGAAAAGCAAAAUCCAAAUUCACAGGAUUAUUUUUUACUUGAUUGUCUCCUCUUUGAUCUUCGGUGAAGUGUAAAGUCCUCUGUUUACAAAUUAUGGGGUUUUCUUUCUGGAGAGCAUUUUGGUCUAGCUUUGACAAUAGAGAAUAAUAAAAACUUUGUAUGAACUCCCACUGUGUUCAUACACCAUGAAUUAUAUGGUUCUUUGACAAAACCAUGAUUAAUGCAAGCUGUGCCUAGAAAAAUGCUCCGAUCACCAAACUCUACCCUCAAGCCCUGCAGCUUCAGAACCUGGUUAGCAAGUGAAAAUGUAGCAAGUGAAAAAUAUCUGAAAUGCUGGAGGCAAAGCAGGUGAUAAGCGGGGGCUUUGUAUUCUCUGGAGCUGGGGAGGAAUAGGUAAACUUGCCAGAACAAGGUUUGCAAGUAACCAAAAUUCACCGACUACAAAGUGAUUUCAGUCAACAGCAUGGGCCUUGUUUUACUGGAAUAAGGUUUCAUUUCAGGAAUCAACCCAGAGUGGUUUUCCUUGUUGAGAAGCAAUGUUUCUGCUGAUCGAAAUUACUUUUUUUUUUUUUUUCCAAGCCAAUCCAAAUUAUUACAUUUUUUUCCCAAGCCAAAUAAAUCCUUUGAACCCACUGCACCGAGCAAAGGAAGGAAGAAAUUCACAUCUAAUCUGAUAUUGCCUAGGACCAACAAUCCAGACCGGCUCUGUGGCAGGUGCUAGGUUUGAAUCCAAAGGGUGUCAGCCGGAUCUGCCACUAAUGAAUAGCAGAGCUGGGCUAAUUUGCUGCAGACGAUCAUCUGGUCCAUACUUGAUUUAAAGAAGUGUAGAUGCAGCAUGUGCAUAGCCUACAGCCCCUCUUGCUCCUGCCUUGCUUCAUACCAAUGCAGAAGCCAUGGGUCAAAUUACCUUUUUAAACACGGGGGGAAAAGAGUGUUUUUCAGCUCUACUAAUGCCUCUUGAAAAAGCAUGUAAAUCCUGUAAAUUGAGACGUAAGAAUAGCCAAGUUUGGUGGGAAAUGAGGGUUUUAUCCCUCAUAAAGCCGUAGCAAGAGCAGAGCUCUGGAGGGGCAGUUCUUUGACCACACCAGAUUCCAAAGAAAAUGGAACAUCUUCCUUAACUAGUUCUGUUCUGCAAAAUACUCUAGUUUUGAGGUUUUCUCUCCUGCUUUAGUUUUCCUGACUUUGUCAGAUCAGGUCCCGUGACCAGCAGAAUUCUUUGCUUUGCCAAAACCAAAUGUAUUUGUAGGAAGUAGAUUUUUGGCUGACACUUUCAAAGGACUCCGACUAAAUUAAAACCUCCAAAGCACAUUUACUGUCUCCAAAAAGAUCCUUUGAACAUCCCAGCUUUCACUUUUGUAGCAGUGGGUGCCUGUCACCCAAACUGGGGACACCAGAAUAAAGCUAUAUCAUGCAAGGCAGGGACACGGAGCACAGGAGAUAAACUCCCUUGACCCAGCACUAGAUUUGUUGUGAUCCUCCGUGGGAAGACAGGACCUCCCCACCAAGCCAUGGGACAAGACUCUUCCCUUUGCCUCGGUGCAAAAAAUGAUUUUAAUAUUCAUCACCUUCACACAUCUCACACUACUCCGGUGUUUGAUCCCCUUCAUCCCCUGUGAUCCCUGCAACAGGCUGAGCAGACACCAGGAACUUCCCAGAUGGAGCAUCUGGACAUUGGGAUGGUGCCAGCCCAGCCCAGAAAGCAAACGGGGGGAAGGGACAUCUGGAUCUCUGUCAUUCCCUGGGGACCUCAGUGCAGUGUCCUGCUCAUCUGCCUCUGCCUGGUGCAGCUGUGUCAGAAUAUUUCUUAUGUUGAGAUUAUUUUUCCCAUUCUGAAUCAGGAUGAAAUUAUCUAAUAUUUAAAAAUAAACUAGUGAAAAAACACUCCACGCCUUAAAUCUGUAUAAGCCCACUGAAAUAUUUUAUGCCAAUUUUGGUUAUCUUCUUACAGUCAAAAUUAACCAAAAUUUCCGCAAUGAGAGUAAGCUUACAGGUAAUGAGAAAAUUGAUUUGGAAAUGCAAAAACUAAGAAUUUAGGCUCCUAGCUUGUAAAAGUUCCAUAAAGAAUUAUUGUCAAAACAGACUCUUUCCUGCGAAUUGUUUUAAUGCCUGUGGGCUUUAGGACUUCUUUGAUUAAAAAGAAAAAAAAAAGAAAAAAAAAAAAAGAAAAAAAGGAAAGAAAGCAGAACUCAGAAAAAGCAUAGGGAGAAACUCCACAUCCAAUUCGAGCCUGUGCAUAUAGUGGGAAGACCAAAGGGAGUGACACUACUUUGUCAUUCUUCUUUGAAUUUGAAAAACCUAAAAACUUUACCAGUGGGAAGGACCCAUGCAAAUCUCCCCUGACUUGUGAUGGAGGUGAGGUCUGCCUGUUCCCUGCUUUUCCACCAGCCCGAGCUACUUAGAAAAGUGAAGCUGUUGGUGAGCCUCAGAGACAAAACAGAAGGAAGAUUCCCUCCCCUCUGUCCCAGCUGUGAUUUGAUCCAUUUUAAAAAGCACUGAAGUUGGUGUAACACGGCUUCUUUCGUCACAGGCAUGAAAUGCCUAGAGUGUAACCCCUAGAUCCUACCCCAUCAGAUAGAAGAACUAUUAUAAAAAAAAUACUAAAAAAAAAUAAUCCUAUGUAUCUCUUUUGGAUGCUGCACCAACCCAAAGCUGGGACAUGGCAUCACUGGUAUGGCUUCAGUCACAGGCAGAUAAAUGCAAAAAGAGAAGCAACAUUUUAUGUUUUGUAAUGCAGACAUUCAAAGUGAUUUUUUAUGCAUGAAAGGAACGUUCCCCAAAUAAAUGUACAGCAUGGCCUGGAGGCUGAGAAAGGAUACGCCUGGUCCUUUAAAAACAGUGAUGGAGAGACUGAAGAGAAUCUCCCUAAUUCCUAUUCUGAGACAGGUUCUGUAUCUGGGGGUUUCCUCUGCCGGUCUGCUCCCCUCACUGUGGCUUUGCUGCCAUUCCCUCUCCUUGGUGAACCAGCUGUGGAUCCAGAUCCUGCUUACCGAAUUUUUAAAGGUUUUAGCUAUGGUCCUUGGAGGGCCCAUGAGAAAACAGGUUGCAAUAUUCAGGGUAAGAGUUUGCAGCAAAAUUUCUUCUUUGCAAGAGAUGCAUAUUAAUAAAUUAAAGGGGUGUUUAAACCAUGCAGUAGAAAUAUCAGAUACUCACUGCCAGAGAGAAAAGACCCAUUAAUGAUGCUGCAAGGCAGGAAAGAAUGUUGUUUUUUCUUUUUUUCAGUCCCCUUUUUUCCAUGCUUUUUUUUUUCCCAUCUAACAAGUUUAAAUACCCUUGGUAUUGAAUAUGGGAAUAAUGAACAAUACAAAUUUUUCCUGUACAUCCCCCACCAAAAAUCACCAUUUACAGUGUAGGUAAUACAAGAAAUGUUCCCAAACAUGAAAACAACCGUCAGCAAAUGGACCCUUCCCUGCAUUCCAUUUCUCAUUUAGGUAUUUCAUAAUGGGAUGAAUUUACACCAGCUCUAGGGUUCUGCUGAUGCACAGCCAAAGGGAGAUGCGCAGCUUUGCUGAGGAAACGCCAACAUACAACAUACGUGGGCACAGAGGAGGGAGCUGGAGCUGUUUCUUGUCCCGUGUGCUUCCAUUGGCAUGACAAUUUAAAGCAACUUCAGGACACUUCUGAAGAGUUCAUAUGAAAAGGAUUAAAUAAACCUCUGUAGAAAGGAAAUGUAAAUUAAAAUCUACCAUAUUCUAUUAGUUUAAUUACAGUAGCUAUGAAACAUAACUCAAUUAGGCUUAAAAAAAUUCAAUUACAGAAAUUUCCUGCUGUUUUUUACAAGCUGUGUUGAUUUUUCUAUUUCUCCUUUCUUACCCCUCCAUGUGCCCCUUGCUGAUUUUUUAUGAUCUGUCCUAGAGCAACACAAUACACCUCCUGUGUUUGCUAUUGAGUUAAAAAAGCUAUUUCUCCGAGUAGAUCUACUCUUAACCCAAACCCAUAGCAGAGGGGUACGAAAAGAUCAGUGCAAGAAACAAACAAAUUAAAAAAAUAAUAAUAAUCCAGCAAAACAAGAUGAAACAACCACAAAAUCCCCCGCAACAAUGUGCGUGUGUGGACUUCCUGCUGUGUCCCAAAUCAGCCUGGAGAUGAUGAAGCAUCCCCUGCUUGCCAGUCCUCAAAGGCGCUCUCUUUCAUUCCCAGCCACAUGGGCAGCAGUGGCCGUGUUGUCCCCUGCUUUCUUGGGCUGCCUGAGGAGGAGACACACAGGCAGAGAUGCCAACAUCUCUCUAUAUAACCUCUAUAACCUCUUCUGUAAAUGGGGGCCUCUUAUUGAUGACGGCUCUAAUUAGCUCCAACACUGAGCGUGGCCUCCAGACCUUGUGAGCUCAGAAUCCACCCCAGGUCAUGAAAACUUUCUGGUUUCAAAAGAACCUACCAGGACUUGUAAAGUAAGACCCAGACACUGCUCUGCACUGCUCCGAUGCCACAGGGGAGCAAUUGCAUCAAUUCCAGUGGCACAGUGCCAGAUUCACAUUGCCAUAGGACAGAGCUGAGCCCCGAUAUUCAUUUGUAAAGAAUAUAAAAUUUGUCAUGUGUUAACAAAAGUGUACAACUGUUUGGAAUAGUCUGGGUUACAAACUAAAAGCCUGUGCAAAAGCUGCGAAAUACACAAAUGAAACCCAUAGGCUGCAGCUGGCACCCUACAAAUGGCCAAAGCCUUUUCUAACCACUCUAGCUAUCAAGCAGGGCCAUCUCAAGCUGGAGAAAUUUAGGCAUGUCUGUACAAUGGAAAAUAACUUUUUGGUUUAUUUUCUCAUGCCUGGAGGCAGUCAUUUAUUUUUUUUUUUUCUCAGCUUCUGACCCAGGAUGUCCAGUUAGCUCCAAUAUGUAACUGUGUUUGUGUGUCAAACCUAUAUUGCAAAGGAACAAAGGCUUCUAAAGGAGAACAAAAGGAAAUCAAAGUAAUAUACUGUACAGAUCGCUGUAAAAUUGAGCUGUAGUGUAAGAACUUGUGCUUUAGAAUUCACUAUCAAGGAUCUCAAAUGUGUAUCAUAUUUAUUUAUUCUGGUAGGUAAAAAAGAAUAAAAAAAAAAGAGUUUAUAUUCAUUUCCAAAAAGCUGCAGCAUGAUGCUAUGUACCAAUUGUGCCAGUCCUGCUUUCUGUAAAAUUAUUGCCUGUUUUCAUACUCCGCUAAUAAAAAAGGGGAAAAAAAAAUGAGGAAAAUUUA